CCUCGGCGCGGACGCACGCGUAACGUGUCUCGCACCGCAACAUACUUACGAUCUUGUCCAAUUAGUGUUCGCGCGGAACAAGAGUGACUGGUUUCGGUUGAGAAGUAGUUCAGUUGCAAGUACAAACGAUAUGAACUUGUCGAUAGAAUUAUAUAAUUAUGUGCAGUUAUAGUGCGGCGAAUAAUAAAUGAAAGUAUGUUCGAGUUAAAGUUAAGUUUGUGAUACCAAAACAAUGUGUAUAAUGUGGUUCACGAGCGCUCUUUUGGCGCUGAGCGCUGUUGUACCAGCCUGGAGUGCUUCGUUAUCGACAACAGGAGCUCGUUAUCAGGCUCCUGACGAGUGUCGAUGGACCACCGAUGAUGAAGAUGCCGGAGUGGCAUUACAGUGCAGACUUAGGACUAUCAAUAGCGAAUUGGAAAAUACUAAUUUUAGUGCUAUUCAACCUCACCUCACAGUACGCCUGCGAUUAGAAUGUAGCGACGCACUAUUCUUUCAAAGCUCUCUAUCUCCCGGCAGCUUUCGUCAGUUGGUAGAGUUAAGAGAACUAACGAUCGAGUAUUGUAAAAUCGGAAAUCUAUCCGACGGCGCUUUCACGGGUCUUCGAGAACUAAGAAAUUUAACAAUACGAACGCACAACACAGAUUGGUCUACUAUGUCACUUGAAGUCACACCUACUGCGUUUUCAAGGGAUGUACAAAGUUUAGAACGAUUGGAUCUCAGUGAAAAUAACAUGUUGACGUUUCCCGAUGGUGCUUUAUGUACGCUGAGAAAUCUAGAGUACUUAAACAUGACUGGCAACAGAAUGAGAGAUGUCAGUCAUUUUCAGUUUUCGACGGCGCAUCGUCACCCUACUGAAAAAUGUGGUGAUAGUCUAAUAGUACUUGAUUUAUCAAGAAAUUUAAUAGAUACGCUUCCGCCAGGACUUCUAUCUGGUUUAAAGCGACUGCAAAAAUUAUACAUUCAAGGGAAUGGAUUAACAUCCGUGGCAGAUAGAGCUUUAGAAGGGCUCAUUUCGCUAACAACGGUUAGAUUUUCUGACAAUCAGCUGACGAGCUUACCGCCGGAAUUAUUUAGCGAUACAAAAGAAUUAAAAGAAAUUUAUCUCAACAACAAUACAAUAACUGUUCUCGCUCCCGGAUUAUUUAGCGAUCUAUUCCAACUUCUUGUCUUGGAUUUAUCUCACAACGAAUUAACAUCUGAUUGGAUAAAUACAUCUACUUUUUCCGGAUUAAAAAGAUUAGUUUUUUUAGACUUUUCACACAAUAGAGUUUCAAAAAUGGAAAUCGCUUUGUUUAGAGAUUUACACAAUUUACAAAUAUUGAAGAUGCAAGAUAACUUCAUUGAACAUAUUCCAGAAAAUGUAUUCAGUUCGCUCGGCAAUUUACAUACGUUAAUAUUAUCAAACAACCGAUUAACAAACAUUGAAAGUUAUUCAUUCACCGGACUGUCCACAUUAUCCGUCUUGUCGAUAGACAGUAACCGAAUAACAAAGAUACACCCGCAUGCCUUACGCAACUGCACGUCUCUACAAGAUUUGCAUAUAAAUGGAAAUAGACUAGAUGAAGUUCCCAUCGCUUUGAAAGAAAUCCCACAACUUAAAACUUUAGACUUGGGAGAGAAUUUAAUAGUGAGCAUUGAAAAUGCAUCUUUUAUGACUAUGCAACAGAUGUACGGUUUGCGUUUAACCGAAAAUAAUAUCGGAAAUAUCAGCAAGGGAGUGUUUGACAAAAUGACUUCACUGAAAAUUCUCAACUUAUCCAGAAAUAAAAUCCACAAAAUUGAAGCGGGCUCGUUCGACGGAAACGUGAAUCUACAGGCAAUAAGACUAGAUGGGAAUUACUUGACCGACAUCGGCGGUCUUUUCGCAAAGUUACCUAAUUUGGUAUGGUUGAACAUUUCCGAUAAUCGCCUAGAAUGGUUCGACUACGCUAUGAUUCCGACUGGAUUGCAGUGGUUGGAUAUUCACGCUAACAGGAUAGCUGAACUUGGAAAUUACUUCGAGAUUGAAUCACAACUGUCGCUGAGUACUUUUGACGCGAGUUCUAACAGGCUAACGGAAAUAACAGGAAGUGCGAUACCGAACUCCGUCGAAAUGUUGUAUUUAAAUGAUAAUUUAAUAUCCAAAGUUCAAUCGUACACUUUCUUCAAAAAACCUAAUUUAACGAGAGUGGAUUUAUACGGCAAUAAAAUAACUAGUUUAGACCCGAAUUCCUUACGAAUAUCCGCAGUGCCUCAAGAUAAAUCAGUGCCUGAGUUCUUCAUAGGCGGAAAUCCAUUAGAAUGUGAUUGUACGAUGGAAUGGCUACAAAAAAUAAACACUGGGAACAGAGCGCGAACACAACCCAAACUAAUGGACUUGGAUAGCAUUUAUUGUAAAUUGUUGUACAACCGCGGUAACUCAUACGUGCCGCUUGUGGAAGCCGCGUCUCAUCAGUUUUUAUGUAAAUACGAGUUCCAUUGUUUCGCCCUGUGUCACUGCUGCGAUUUUGAUGCCUGUGAUUGUGAAAUGACCUGCCCGAAUAACUGCACUUGUUAUCACGACCAAUCGUGGUCCGCGAACGUAGUGGAAUGCUCGAGCGCGGGAUAUGUGAACACUUUACCCGACCGAAUACCGAUGGAGGCCACACAACUGUAUCUCGACGGUAAUGACAUAAAAAUGCUUCCAAGCCAUGCAUUUAUCGGCAGAAAAAGACUUAAGGUUUUAUAUCUAAACUCGUCUAACAUUGAAACUAUUCAUAAUCGCACUUUCAACGGAUUGAAGGAAUUGGAAAUAUUACAUCUCGACUACAACAGUUUAUCUACUAUUGAAGGUCAGGAAUUUGAUGGAUUAGAUAACUUGCGCGAGCUAUACAUAAACAAUAAUAAAAUAAAAAGUAUUGGAAAAGAGAUGUUCAAUCACAUGGCGCGUUUGAAAGUUUUACAUCUCGAUCACAACAGAUUGAUUACAUUGACAGUGUGGCAAAUAAAUCCUUCCAUCACAUCGUUAACUCUUUCAUACAAUCCGUGGUCUUGUGACUGUGAAUAUACAGAGAUGUUUCGCGAGUGGACAAAACGAGUGUCUUCUAUAACUGACUUAUCAAGUAUAAAAUGUAUAUACUCCCGCAACGAUACGAAUGUGACUGUGUACAAUGACGGUAUGUUCAGUGAUCCCACCUCAGGUUUUAAUAUAAUUGAAGAAAACGGGACAAUUUGCACUGGACUUCCAAGUAUAAAUAAUAGCAUCAACGGAAACUUAACCGCUACAAAAACUAUAAUCACAACCGAAGAUGUUCAAGAUUACAUUCCAUUAUUGGUGUCGACGCUCGGAGCAUUUUUACUCGUAUUAUUUGUCGUCAUGAUAGUGUUUAUAUUCAGACAAGAGAUGAGGGUGUGGUUUCACUCCAAAUUCGGAAUGAGAUUAUUCUACAAAGCGAGUGAUGUAGACCGUGACGAUAAAGAGAAGUUGUACGAUGCGUUCGUGAGCUACAGUUCUAAAGACGAAGCCUGGGUCACAGAGAAGCUUGCGCCUGUGUUGGAGCGAGGCGACCCCGCCUACAAACUGUAUCUGCAUUACCGCGACUUUCCCGUCGGCGGCUAUGUAGCCGAUAACAUAAUACAGGCCGUUGAGUCGUCGCGUCGUACAAUCAUGGUACUAAGUGAGAACUUUAUAAAGUCUGAAUGGUGUCGAUUCGAGUUUAAAUCUGCGCACCAUCAAGUGUUAAGAGAUAGAAGAAGGAGGUUGAUAGUGAUAUUAUUAGGUGAAGUACCACAAAAGGAUCUCGAUCCCGAUAUAAGACUGUAUCUGAAAACCAAUACGCAUAUACAGUGGGGCGAUAAGAUGUUUUGGGAAAAGUUGAGGUUCGCGUUGCCUGACGUGAAUAACAAGCAGCGGUGUAGAGGCAUGCCGAGUCCUGGGGCGAGCGCGAUGGCGAUGCACCGACACCAUCAUCCCAGGAACCACCUGGGUGCGUUGCCGCCGCCGCCGGUGCACGGGGCGCACCCCGUGCUGCCGCCGCACCCGUCCCACUCGGCACACCAGCUGCCCUCCCGGUCGUCCCCUAGAAACCUUUCCGUCCAUGUGUAGUGAAUGAACUUAGUGAAGUGACGGUGCAGUUCCAAUGGUGACAGUGUAUAUUGUGAUGGCUAGUCCGUUAGCGUACGUAUUGUAAAUAUUAACCAUUGCUUUAGUUAUAAGACAUUAGAUUGUAAAUAAUUUCAUUUAAUGCGCUCAAAACUUUACUUGGACUGUUUAUAAAGUAUAUUUUAAUGAAAAACUAUUGGAGUGAAAGGUGUUAAGUGUCUAUUUAAAUAAUUGGGCCUUUAUAGGCUGUGCUUGUUAGGCAAAACUUGCCAAUUACUAUUAGAACGACUUAAUAUGGCAGUGUUGCCAAAAUCUGUGAUAAAUUUAGUUGUAGUUAGAUAGAAACGAUUAAUUAUCCCAUCAAUGUAUAUUUUGUAAUUAAAUUGUCUAAAGAAUAUUUAUUGUAAAAAUCAAAUUUUGAUCAAAAGUGAUAAAUUGAAAUAAACCAUAAAUUGAAUAAUA